AUGCGCGACGCAGUGCAACAGGCUCGACAGGACAUGCACGAUCUACGGCAACAGAACGCCGCGCUCCAGCGACAAGCAGAUCAGGCUGGAGAGCCUGAGAUCAUCAGACGGCUCGGCGAGGUGCUCGAGAGAGUCACAGAACGGCCGCCGCCACCGGCGGCCCAGCUGAUUCAAGCGAAGGACACCGGAAAGCCACAGGCCUUCAAGAAUGAAGAGUCGAAGUUCAGCGAGUGGCUCCAGAAGCUCAAUAGCUACGCGCUCAGCGUCUUCGGCGUGAACUCCCGGCCGGCGAUCGAGUGGGCAGUCGACCAGGCGAACGACGCGGCCACGCUCACCACGGCCGCUGCGAUGGAGCAGUUUGUAAAUGAGGCCGAGGACGGCGAGGCAGUCGACAACGUGGACGAGAAGCUCUCGCAGCUCUACGCGGUGUUCGUCUCGCUCACGGAGGGCGAGCCCUUCGACCUGGUGGUCGGCGCAGGCCGAGGAAAUGGAGCUGAGGCCCUGCGAUUGCUGGCGCGGCGCUGGGAUCCUACCAGCGGCGGUCGCCGCCGCGUGCUACUCAAGAAAAUCACGGCGCCGACCAGGGUCGCAAAGCUCGAGAACUUGGGCGCAGAGGUUGCGAAAUUGGAAGAGCUGGUCAGGCGCUACGAGAGGCGCAGAGCCGACGGUCGAGACGCACACCUAGACGACGAAAUCAUGAUGAGUGCGCUCGAGAGCCUCGCGCCGCAGGACGUCGAGAUGCACCUUGCCCUCAACCGCGCCAGAUUCCAGGACUACGCUGCGAUGCGAGAGGAGGUCAGGAGCUUCCUGGAGACCAGACAAGCUCAGGGGGCCCUUGGUCGGUCGAGAGGCGACCCAAUGGAGGUCGACGCGUUCGUCAGGAGAGGCGACGGCAAGGGCGAGCGCGGCGAGGUCAAGGGCAAAGAUGGCAAGGGCAAGAACGGCAGCGGAAAAGGGAAGACGGGCAACUCGAACGUGAUCUGCUGGAACUGCCGAAAGAAGGGCCAUCGCGCACAAGACUGGUGGAAGCCCACCGAGAGAGGAAGUAAGGAUGACAAAGGCAAGGGCAAAGGAUACGGCAAGGAUCCGAAGGGUCAGCGUUUCCAACAGCAAGGCGUUCGCCGAGCCUAUCUCAACAAUUUCGGGGGCGAUCUCAACAAUUUCGAGGGCGACACGCAGAGCGCGAUCAGCGCGCAACUACCGACAUCGGCCUCGCAGGCUGGCGUGUGCAACCAGUCGCCCGCCGCGCUCAGCUUCGAUGCCUUCGAGCGCGUGCUGGAGCUGAACAGCGUGGAGGCGAAGGGUGAGAAGCAGCGCAGGAAGUGCAUUGCGAUGACGUUCGACACCGGCGCCGCCGCCACGGCCUUCCCGCUCGAGCAGGAGGGCGAGUGCGCCGAGGACGAGGGCGGCGUCGGCAUCAGAGGAGUGUCGGAGCACGGCGAGAGUAUGUUCCUGAAGGGCAGGCGCGCGAACAUCGGCAAGCCGCUCCUGUCCGCCUCGGCCACCACCGCCAAGGGCCACUUCACGUGGGUCGGCGCCUUCGGCGGCCGCAUCCUGAAGGAGAGCGAGUUCGCGCAGGAGAUCCACCAGAGGAUCGACCAGUGCGUGGCUGAGGGCAACGAGGGCAUCGCGCCGCUGUACCUGCAGAACGGAGUCUACAAGAUGGACGUGCUGAUGCCAGCUGAAGUACGAGAAGGGAUCGGAAACGACGAGGACUAUGACGGCAAUCCUCAGGGGGUUGCGCCGGCGAAAGUGCAAGGGCGAAGCGACUGCCUACUCGAGCUGAAGUUGACCAGCGCGAGGUUACAGGUCACGCUGUAUUUCGAGCUCGGUGUGAAGUUUGUUGUGCAGCUCGAGGGCUUGGCCAACCUCAUGAACUACAAGCUGAAGUUCGGGAAGGAGACCGGCGAGGGGGACGAGGGCCAGGAGGACAACUUCCCGAUGCUGGUGGCCAGAGAUUCUAAGACAAAAUUGCCCUACUCGACAGCGAUUCUGGGCAAGAAGGUCACCAACUUUAUGAUCAAGAUUCCGAUGAGCUUCAUCCUGCAUCUCGGCUACCGCAGGCUGAUUUUCCAGAGCGACGGGGAGCCCGCGAUCGCGGCGCUCAAGACGGCGGUCGCGGUGGCGACGCCGACGGUGGAAUUCUUGCCUCGAGAACCGCCGGCAGGAGAGCGCCAGAGCAACGGAGGCAUCGAGGUCACCGUGCGAGAGGUCAAGAGGCACGGCAGGGCGAACAGGUACGCACUGGAGGCCAAGCUCGGCAGGAAGGUGGACGAUGACCACCCGAUCUUGAAGUGGCUACCCCAGUACGCCGCGGCCUGCAUUGGCCGGCACCGACGCGGAACCGACGGCCUCACUGGAGAACAACGGCGCUCAGGCCGCGAUUGGAAGGAGCUGGAAGCAGAGUUUGGCGAGCGGGUGGUGUACAGGCCGCUCGCGCCAGGAGGUCGCAGGAGUACCAUGGAGGAGCGCGUGAAGUCCGGGAACUUCCUGGGCUAUUACAUGAUGCGGACGGGGGCCCUGCUCGUCAUGAUGGUUGACGGCGUGGAGAAGGCCCAAGGUUUCAAGAAACUGCCGAAGGAGCAAGCCUGGGACAGCAAGGACGGGGCAGCUCUUCGAGGAGUUCCCUGGGCGACUCGCCUGGAGGAGGAGGCGCCUUCUCUGGCGAGAGCGCCGGUCGUGGCUACCGUGCGGAUGGAGCCACGAGCCCCGCGAGCGAGGUGCGUCCUACGCCGCGACAUCGAGAAGUAUGGUGCCACUGCGGGCUGUCCAGGAUGUUUCGAGCUGACGCAGAAGGGCAGGAUCACGAAAUCCCAUAGCGACGAGUGCCGCGACAGGAUCGCAGUGUUCGAGGUCGAGAAGCAGCUGGAGGAGACCAAGCUGCCCUACCGCCGCCCUCUGGAGACGGCGACCGAGCUCCUGCCCCAGAGCCGAGGGACACCGAGAUGGCGGUGGUGCUGGCCGGAGGCAGCGGAAGCGAACCGAGCGCUGCCAGGAUGCGCCGAGGAGACGCACCCGACCCUGGACGAGCUACCCGGGCACGAGGAGGAGGCGCAGAUGAACGUGGAGGACCUGGUCGACACAGCGAUGUCCCAGGCAGCGUCAUCAAGUUCAGCAUCGGCAUCCGUGUCGAGACCGAGCCAGGCUCCAGAUGGAUCGAUGGGCGUCGACUUCCUGGAGCGGACCAACGGCUACGACAAAGGCCGCACGUUUAUCAUGACCUACGAGCUGGCGAUGUUCGAGGUGCGGGCGAACGCCAACGUGAACGACGCAGAGCAGGCGGAGGAGAUCGCGCCACUUCUUACCAAGAUGUGCGCAGUGGACACUGCGGAGGUUUAUUCGCCGCGAAGGUUUGCAGAGAUGACUUUCAGGCACGGCCUCGCGCACGGCCUGGCAGUGGAUGUCGAGACUGGUUGGGAUCUGCGAUUGCCCGAGCAACGAAAGGAGUGCAAGAAGCAGCUGAAGGACGAAAACCCGCUGCUGACGAUCACCAGACCCCCGUGCACGUCACUCAGCAACUUGCGGACGCUCUCGGACUCAAAGCGAGACCCGAAGAUCGUGGAGGCGGAGAUCCUGGAAGGCGAGGCGCACCUCAACUUCAGCAUGGAGAUCUGCAAGGAGCGCUACAAGGCAGGGAAGCUAUUUCUUCACGAAGCACCUUGGUCAGCGAGUAGCUGGCACCGCCCAAGCGUUCAGGAGGUCAUGCAGUUGGCAGGCGUAUCCUUAGUCCAUGGACCUAUGUGCCGCUGGCACAUGCAGGCGACCGACUCUAACGGAAAGUUGGGCUUCGUUCGGAAGGAGACCGGGUGGCUCACUAACAGCGAGCUGCUCGCCGAGAUCCUCAAAGGACCACACCCACAUGAAGAAGAUACUGUGGUGUUCGCUGGGUACCAGGACGACUACUUCAUCGACGAUCUCACGGGUGAGAUUUUGGACCCCGAGGGUGUGCGAGCCGCGAGGCAAGAAGAACUGGAUUGGCGCCGCGGGAGGCAGGUAUGGAUGAAGGUACCUAGACGCGAGAUGCUCGAGAAGGGCAAGAAGGCAGUGACCUUGAAAUGGAUCGACACGAACAAGGGCGACCGAACUCAACCACGGUAUCGAAAGGGUAUUAAGAAAGCUAUGAGGUCCGAAGAUCGACCAGAUCAAGCUGAACUAUUUUCGGCCAUGCCACCGCUGGAAGCGUUCAGGGCGAUGGUGGCCAUCUUCGUCGGCCGCGUGAACGACGCCUACCACGACGGCGACACAGAGCAGAUCAUUUACAAGUUUUACGACAUCUCGAGGGCGCACUUCUAUGGAGAUGUGAAUCGCGAAGUGUAUGUGGAGUUACCCGAGGAGGAGACCCACGACGAUCCAGAACCCAUGGUGGGCAGGCUACUCAAGACGAUGCACGGCACAGUAGAUGCAAGUCAUGUGUGGCAAGACGACUACAUCGGCCUGGCGAGCUCGCACGGCUUCAAGGAGGGCGUCUCGAACCCAGCGCUGCUGUACCACGCCGAGCGUCAUAUACAAGCGGAGGUCCACGGUGACGACUUUGGUGUGAUGAUGCGCAAGUCCCAAGAGGGGUGGUUCGAUGACGUGCUUUCGCGCUACGACUUUAAGGUCACGGGUAUUCUGAGCAGCAGGCCCCUGGAGGAACAGAGCGUGGUCUAUCUCGACCGGGUGUCGAUCUGGAACCCCUUCGAGCGUUCGGCCUACCUCGAAGCGGACGCCCGGCACGUGAAGAUGGUGAUCAGGGACCUGGGCUUGGAGAACGCGAUGGAGGUGGCCACCCCGGCUGCGAAGAGGUCUGUCGCGGAGAUCUUGAGUGGCAACCAGACCUCGCCGAAGCUGGACGACGAGAAGGUGAAGACCUACCGCAGCGUGACCAUGCGGAUGAUGUGCCUGAGUCUGGACCGGCCCGACAUCAGCUACAGCGCGAGCAUGCAGGCUAGACACAUGAAGGAGCCGAAGGAGACCCACGUGGAGGAUCUGAAGCGCAUUGGCCGCGACUUGAAGAAGUACCCCGCUGGAAGGUUGUUGUUCCCUGCUCAGAAGCUGCCUAGAAAGGUUUGUGUUUACUGCGACAGCGACUACGCGGGGGAUCCUAUUACGAG